ACAAUCACUCAAAAUCUCUCUCUCCCUCUCCCUCUCCCUCUCUCUAAGUAACUAUAAACUUUGACAAACUUGACUUAAGUGCCAGUCCUUCUAAAAACGAAAAAUAUCAAAAGAUGGCUAGUGGAAGUGUCAACCUUCCUCCUGGCUUUUGCUUCUCUCCAACUGAUGAAGAACUCAUCCUUCACUUUCUUUAUCCCAAGGCUUCUCUACCAUCCCAUCCCAACAUCAUACCAGAGCUUGACCUCUCUCUUCUCCUUCCAUGGGAAUUAAAUGGUAAAGCGUUGUCAAGUGGAAAUCAACACUAUUUUUUCACCAAAGGGAAGGAAAAUAGAUCCACUGAAAAUGGAUAUUGGAAGGAAAUAGAAGUCACAAAACCUAUAGUAUCAUCCUCUGAUGACAAAGUCGGGAUCAAGAAGUACCUCGUGUUCAACCUUGGUGAAGCUCCACAAGGCACUGAAACCACUUGGGUCAUGCAAGAAUAUCAUAUUUCCUCAUCUGGAUUUAACACUGCAUCUUGUGGAAGUACUCGUGGGAGACGAAAAUCCGAUCAAAAUAGGAGCAAAUGGGUUUUGUGCAGAGUCUAUGAAAAGAAGAGGUCUCAAUCCCAACAAGGUGUAAGCUGUUACAGCGAUGAGGAUGACAGUGGAACAGAACUUUCAUGGCUAGACGAAUUUUAUAUGUCGUUAGAUGAUGAUCUUGAAGAAAUUAUAAGCUUGCCUAAUUAGAUUGAACGAUAUAAAUAUUGGGAUAUUGCAUGUUAGAAUUUUGGUAAUUAUAUGUAUUUUGAAAGGCAGAUUAGGAAGUCUCUACAAUUACAUGCAGAGGAGUACAAAGAUAAUAUAUAUACUUAUUUUAAUUAGGUAAUGCCUUUUUUGUCACCUUUUAAACGUCCUCGUACGUCAAAGAGGAUACUUUGCUUGCGAAAAUGCAGCUUCGAUAGUUUUGUAUCUUUUUCUAUUGUAACUUCCUUUAUACAUAACUACUUUAUACUUUUUAUAUAAUUUGGAAUGCCUAUUUCAGUU